GGAAGGCUUCGACCGCCCGCCCCGCAUCGAGCAGUGCGGGGUGCCGGUGAACUUCGUGUCGCGAAGAUAAAUUCACCCCGUUCAAAAUGAAAUCAAAGGACUCUAAGGGCUUGUUCGUUCUUACGGUCGAGAACCGCUGAAACGUCUUUAUCGUGAGAUAGUUUGUGACCUUUGUAGCAUAGUAUCCCUCCGUGCUUUGGACACGAUUUGCAGUUUUGCUGGUCAAGUACCAUAAGGUCACUGGGACUUUGGAGGAGCCUCGCUUCAAAAGCGAGAUAAAAACCCCACCGUAUUUACCAGUACUUCUCUUAACUCAUGUACUGGAAGACUGAGGACAGUGUAACUGUUAAGAGAGCCUUAUACGCUGUUUUAUACAAUGCAUUGACAAAGUUCAGUCUGCAUCUUAGUCCUGUAGGAGAACCUUACAGUGAAAAGUUGAGAGUAACUUCUUUAGAACUCCAAAAAGGGUGAAAGUUUUAGAUAACCCGUCUCUAGUUGUGAUUUGAGAGCCAAAGGCUGAAAUACAAACGGAGAAAAUUACAGCAAGGCAGAAAAAUUUAAGCAUGGUAUGCGUUUGUAAGGCAGAAAGUUUUAACCCUCAUUCUUCCCGGCACAGUCACCCUGGCUGGGACGGGGCUUGCGUGUGUCACAUGCUUGCAGCACGUGUGUGCAGUUCGGGUUCCUGUAGACUGUGUGAAGAACUGGUGAGGAAAAGUUACCAGCAUCAAAGCAUGUGUUAAAAUCCGGUAUUUUAUUUUUCAAUAAAUACAGGGUUUUUCUUACUUUCUCUUGGCUUUUGUUUUGUUUUAGCUAUGGAGUUGCUGUCUAUUUCUUGUUGCCUUGUUUACAUUUUUUUUAAAUAUUCUUCCUCUUUUGUAUUAGUGUAAAUGCAUUUUGUCUGGGGAAGCCACUGAUAUAGAGGGAAUAUAAAAAUGUUACAUAUGGGGCUUUGGGGGAUUUUAGGUCUCAGGUGUUGUGCAGUCUCUUGUCUUUUACUCCUGCCUGUGUACUUUGUAGUCUAUGCUAAGUGGAUGACACAGUCAAAUUACUAUUUCAGGAAUGUUUAUAGAGCCUAAUUUACAUGCAGAACCACUCCAUUAAAUAUAAUCUUUGACUUUUAAGAAGUUGCUGCCUUAGAUUUUCUUACAGAGUGUCUGCUACUGUAAGAAUGCCAAUAGGGCAUUAAUUAGCUGUCAGUUAUAUUGCCUGUCAGAACUGAGUAAGGCUGAGUUUUGAAUAGUCUCUGGAAGCAUGAUGUGGGCAAAUUGCAGCUCCAGGACUUCUGGAGUUCUCCUUUCUCUUUCCAAAUACAUCUCUGUGACUUGUAGUGGGGAGUUGGAAUAAAAUCUUAAGCCGUAGUACUGAUGUCAGGUGUGGAAUUGCAGAAGCAUCAACAUUACCAAAAGAUUCUUCUUUGUUUGAGCCUGUAGCAUCACUUCAGGUAUGGGGCAUAGGUCACAGUAACACAGCUGGGCUGUGUGGGUUCUGCACUGGGGACAGCCCAGGUAGCCCAAGAGCUCAGCAUCCUGGAAGGUCUCCCCUCAAAGCCAAAUUUGCCAUGGGAAACCCUUUCUUCAGCAUGCUUUAGAGGGCUGUGAGCUGGAUGGGAGAAGGACAUAGAAGGGAAGCUAUAAAAGGAUCAAAUAUCUCUAAAUGUCUCUAGAAGUGGAAAGACAUUUCGCAGAUACUCUUUACUAUUUUCCACACAAAAAACUCCACAAACUCAAAACCAAAAAAACCCAAGCAACAACUUUCUCCUCCUAAACAAGGAGAAUAACUGGUUGUUUUUGUUGUUUUUUUUUUUUUUUUUGGUUUGUCAUGCUGCAUAUCUGCACUCUUCAUAAUAUCAAGGCCACUUGCAUUUUUUUUGCCCAAAUCCCAAUUUUGUCCUUCAGCACACAGCAAAAGGAAGUUCCUUUCAAGCAGGCCUGGUGGUGGAGAACACACUCACUGGUGGCUUUCCUCCUCCUACAUCACUGCUUUGAUCAUGUACAUCCAGCAGACUUGACUGUACCUUUCUGGGAGUUCUAUUUGUGUCCUGAAAGGAAACUGCACAAUGUGGGGUUCCACAGCUUCUGUCACCUGUGAAACACUCGGUGACUUCCACUGCAGGUUGACUUCUCAUGACAUGGCAUGUGCAGAAGAGUUUUUGAGUCCUUCCUAGGAAACAUGGCUGUGUCCUUCCUGCAGGUUGUGUUUGCUUCAUAAGCGUCUGCUUCAGAUGAGUUUGUGCUGGUUUUGUACUCUUGAACUUUGUGUGUAGUUGAAUGAAGCUUUUGUUUUGUUCUCAAAGGAAUACUUAUUUUUUUGCAGCAGCUUCAAAAGAAUCUGUCUGACCUGGGACAAACUUAAAAAUCUCAAAAGUGGAAAAAAUCCUAGCAGAACAGAUUGCAUAAAGCAGGUGUGUGUAAGUUAGUUAGGAAUCAGACCUAUUUGUCAUUGUAUUGCACUUUAAAAGAACUUGAUAUGACAAAGGAGGACCUUUGUUAAAACUGUGGAACAGGACCUUGGAACAACCAGUAGGAAUAACACAGAGUGGAAGAAGGAGAGAGUAGAAAAGAUCCUUGAAGUGUUUCCAGAAGCACUGUCUUCAGCUGGGUAUAGAUUUGCACAUUCAAUAAUGAAGUGGCCUUUUCCCUUGCUGACUGCUGGCAGAAAUGGAGGACAGCAAAAGGCUCCCAAACCAUCUUUGCUACUCCUAUACUCACUGAGAAAAAUCUGCUGGAAGGCAUUUCCUGGUUUUUUCUUUCCUUUUUACCUUCUGGUUUUUAGAGGAGUGGCUUUUGUCCAAAAAAGAAAAUCGUCUUAUUUUAUAAAUACUAGAAAGCAAAAUGAAUUGCUGUUACUUUGAUUUCAUUGGCUGCUUUUCCUCUUGUGCUUGUAUUUAAAUACUUAAUAGUUUUUUCUCUACUUAGGAAACCUCAAAGUGCAAAUGAACAAAUGUGGAAAUUACCUUUGUUGAAAAGGUGUUCUGUAAAAUAAUUGAAUGGCUUUUCAGCUUUUCCUGGUAUGGUUUUUCUGAAGCUACUGUGUUGAGAUCUUACUUGCCUAAUUUCCCACAUGGUGGAAUGAAUCUAGUCUUCACCAGCAUGGAUAUGUAAACCUUUUCAAGAUGGUUAAGAACUGUGGCGAAGGACCAAGUGGAAUGGCAAGAAGAAGCAGCCACUUCUGCUGACAUCUGAUUUGUAUAUUAGAAAGUAUGGUUUCCUGACAGAAGAGUGCAUUAUAGUUUUUAACAGCAGAUCUUUAUUAAAUGUGCAAUCAAUGGUGGUUUUGGAAAGAUGAGAAAGGAUCCACCGUGGGGCAACUCAGUGAAGCUAAAGAUGUCUGUAACUUCUGUUCAGUCUAUCCCAGUUAGGAGAGCUUUUUUUGUGAUUUUUAAGCUUGGUGCUGUCAGCCCUGCGUGAACAAACCAGAACAAAAAGCACGCUGCGUCUUAGAAAACAAAAUGCCACGGAAGAGGAAAACUGGUGGGAGUCCUUCUCAGAGGAAUGGCAAUUCUGACAGAGCUGCUGUUGCUGUAUCCCAGGGGGACCCAAGCCACUUAGUGGCACAAGCAAUGCGUUACGUCAAUAAGGAAGAGCUCCUCAACAGCAUGUCAGAGAUGUUUUCUGACCUAGAUCCUAGUGUGGUUUAUAUGGUUCUGUCUGAAUGUGACUUUAAAGUAGAAGAUGCUAUGGAUCAUCUUCUAGAGCUGUCCACCCAUGCCAAAGGAGUAGCAUCCUCAAAAACCUUGAGUUUUGAUUUAGCGGCAUCAUCAUUACCUCUUGUUAAUCAGCAAAGAUCUACUGCAAAUGAAGGAAUGGGGGAAGGUCCUGCAGCACAUAGUUAUUCUGGAGCAGCAAUAGAAAAGGUCCUGUCACCUGGUGUGCAGCUGACUGGAGAACUGGAUUCCCUACUAGAAAAUGCCCUUCGGAGUUACAGCUUGAGUGAGGAAUUGCCUAAUUCUGCAAAUGACCAAAUAGCACAUGAGCACCCUAUGGAACAGGGUGGUCUUACCAAAUUUCCUGAGUGGGAAAAACCUGAUUCGGUUUGCAAUGUCCUACUUUUUCCAGAGCAAGCAGAGACAAAUAAUGAGGUUUUAGAAAACUUCUGCUGUUCCCAGCCACCAGUGAGUCAGCUGAGCAUCCAGACAAGCUCACCAUCUGCAUCAGACAGUUUUGCAGAGAUACUGGAAGAUUCUGGUAUGUUGGAAAUACACCAGAAUGUUCAACAUGCUGUGGCUUCAGAAGUAUAUAAACUAUCAAAUGGAGAAAUACCCUAUGAAAAUUCUGAUCAGACACAAGAUACUGUUUUGGAUCAAAGUAGUGGGAGUGCUGCUUCUUGUGGGUCCUCCCAAAGACCUAUGGAACUUGGAGUAACUGUUUCUGGAGAUCCUAAUUCAAGGUGCCUGGAACAACAUGAAGAUGCAGUGACUGCCUUUAGCAGCUACCAGAGUGCUUCUCUUCCAGAGGCGUGUAUCUCUCCUGAAACAUCCAGUUUCAAAACACAAAAACCUGCAGAUGCUCAGCAAAUUCAGCAGGGUUAUAACUUAAAUUUUCCUACACCAUCGGUUCAAUCUCAACAACACUGGAAUCUCAUGGCUCCUGUGUUUUAUCCAUCCAGUGGAAGUCACAGUUUUGUAAUUCCUGUGGCUGCCAGUCCAGGGCAGUGGAGACCUAUUUCUGACUGUAGAACUUCGGGAAAAGGACCUUUUCUUUCCUCCCCAGUGGUUUCAAAUGCCUGGGAUGGCAGCUCUUCUCUGAAGGUAUGGGGAAAUCAAGAUAGAAACUCAAAAUUGAACCUCCCGCAAGCACAGCAACCACGUGUUUGUCACAUGAUGAGAAAAAAGAUGCAACUAAUAGGUCAAGUACUUGUUCUUCUCAGAGGUGUUCCAGGAUCAGGAAAAUCAUAUUUGGCAAGGAAUUUGCUUGAGGAUAACCCAGGUGGAAUCAUUCUUAGUACUGAUGAUUACUUUUACAAACAUGGACAAUACCAUUAUGAUCCUGAUUGCUUAGGGGAAGCACAUGAAUGGAACAGGAAAAGAGCCAAAGAAGCGUUUGAAAAGCGAAUCUCUCCUAUAAUAAUUGACAACACAAACAUACAAGCAUGGGAGAUGAAGCCUUAUGUUGCUUUGGCUCAGCAGUUCAAAUACAAAGUAAUGUUCCGAGAACCAGACACUUGGUGGAAGUUUAAACCAAAAGAACUUGAAAGGAGAAACGUUCAUGGCGUAUCUAAAGAAAAGAUCAAAAGAAUGUUGGAACGCUAUGAACGCUGCCUUACUGUGAGAUCAAUAUUGGAUUCUUCAGUUCCAGACAAAUCAGAAGCUGCUGGUUGGAGUGAAGAUCCUUGUCAGGAGGAAAGCCAGAGAAAGAGAGAGGCACAUUCUGAUGUAAAGGAAGAAGAAUGUUUUGCUUCUGAGGUGGAGCCUAUUGAACUAGCUGAAGCUGAUAAAACUUCUCCCAGUAUUUCUCUAACAUUAGAAAGUAGUUGUGACCCCGAGCAUUUUCAGAAAGAGGAAAAAGAAAUGGAAAAUAUCUCAGUGGAACACAAUUCUGAGAACAGCACUGUUGAAGAUGACUUGGAAAUUAAUUUAUCAGAUUGCAUCAAAAGAGAGCUGCCCUUGAAGAAGAAAGAAGAAAAGAGAUUAAAACCAGAAGAAAGUACUGAAGCAGGAAUGGAUGAGGCUGAUGUGAUUCCAGCUGAAGAGACUGUGAACUUACACACAGGUGGAGCUGAGGAACACAGUGAUAACAACAGUGGCAGAGUUCAAACUGCAGUUGAACAAUUGGGCAGAAUGUGUAUGGAACCAAAAUCAACACAAAUGAGUAACACGGUGGAAUCAAGCAGUUCGGCUUUUGACACAUCAGGAAAACCAGAACUACUAAACUUUCUGGGUGACUGGCCCAUGGAACAAACAAUGGGACAGAGAGUCAAAAGAUCUAGAAGACUAGAAAAAUCUCCUCUGAAAAGUGAUAAGGAAGGUGAAACUCCCAGUCAGCAGCAUUCUGAGAUAGGUAAAGAGCAGGUGGACCUGCCUGAGACAUGUACUGUUGAGAAAGGACAUGAGGAUGAAAGUCUACCCUGUAGCUGUUACUCUGUUAGUUCAGAUAAAGUUACACCAGAAUUGCAAAUGUUAGAAUAUUGGCCUGUCUCAGCCUCAUUAGAACAGAGACAGCAAAGGUCAAGGAGAAUGAGAAAGACAAAUUUAAGUCAGUGUGAUGAGGACAGAAAUACUGAAGACGACGCUAAUAUGAAUGUUCUUGAGACUGUGCAUGUGGUUCAUGGGUCACCUGUGAGCACUGAAGAGCAACCAGAUACAAGGAGUUUGCCUGUACACCAAGCCGAAAUAGUAGGUAGUGAAACAGUAAGUGAGGAAAAAUCCCAGCAAAGUAAGAGAACAAGGAAACAUCACAAAUUAGCCCUCACUUUUACAAACAGCAGCUUGCCACAUCCCAGAGAAGAGGACCAUUUGUCUAAACUUAACCUGGCAGAAGAGAAACAGGAAACAGAUUUAUGUAGGCAAAAAAGUAGCUAUUCACAGACUGAAUCACAGGACUUUGCUCUCCUGUGGAGAUUAGAAAAGAAAAUGCUUUUUCCUGAGACAGCAAAAAUACUGCAUGGGAGGUUAGAUGGCUUCAAACCCAAAGACAUAGAUAAUGUCUCAGAUUCUCAGGAAAAAAUACCCUAUCGAGUUACGUAUGAUAAAAGUACUUUCGUGGAGGAAAGUGAGCUUAUCAAUAUUGAUGAGUCUGAAAAACUAGAUAUACUCUGUAAGCUCUUUGAGUCUGUUUCAUUUGAAGCUCUGAAAGAUCUGUAUGAAAGAUGUAACAAAGACAUAGACUGGGCCACAGGUCUGCUGUUAGACUCUGAUGAAAAGCUAUGUAAAGCUGUUGAUCCUGAGAGCUUUCAGGUAAGCGAAGCUGAGCCAGUGGCCACAGACCUUGAUUUCAAGGCUAGUAUAAACUAUGAUGAGAAUCUCAAAGACUGCAAACAAGCCCCACAAGUACUUGGGGCUGGUGAUACCUUUGAGACUUUGGAAGGCAAGGACUCACCACUCAGCAUUGCAGAAAGUAGGGCUACCAAGACAGCUGUGACAAGUGCUGAUGUUUCUGACUCAUUCACUGCUACCUCAUUGGAUAAUUCAGUGGAAGUGAAAAAUUCUGUGGAUUCAGCCCCUAGAACUAACACAAGCAGCUCAGCAGCAGGUGUCAUGGAGCUUUCUGUUUCAGGAAAGCAGAAGGGAGGGAGUGAGAGUCCUCUUGAAGAAACUGUAAAUAAGCCAUCACUUUUACAACUUGAUGCAGCUUUGCCUCAUGAUCCUAACAUAACUUCUACCAAUUUGAAAUCUGAAUUAAACAAUGAAAGUGACAGUAACCCUUCAGAAAGCAAUGCCAAAAAUUCCAAAGGGGCUGGUUUGUUGGAAGUGGAUCGUGCACCUCUGGUUGGUCCUAGCAGCAAUAAAGAACUGGAGCUGGAUAAAGAAACUCAGGAGAAUUGCAGGGAGAUAUGUGGUAAAGAAGAAAUUGACACUCCAAGCUGGGCUGCAACUAAAGCCAAGAGGCAAAGCCCUAUACCAGCAUCACAUGCAGCCUUCAGUAUAGAUUGCCUAGAACUAACAUUGCCUCCUGAAUUGGCACUCCAGCUGAAAGAGAUAUUUGGACCUGUUGGCAUUGAUGCAGGAUCGCUAACUGUUGAGGAUUGUGUGGUUCAUAUUGAUCUGAAUUUGGCAAAAGUGAUUCAUGAAAAAUGGAAAGAAUCUAUUCUGAAGCGUCAGAGGAGAGAUGAAUCUUGUAAGUCGUCUGCAGAAGUGUUUCAGCAGAUAGAUACAGAUGACUCAGAAGUGCUGUUAUCUCAGAAUGCAGACAGCAAAAUACAGAAGAAGAAAUCGAACUUGGCUGCAGACACAUCUAAUAAUAUACAGACAAAAACCCCAGCAACAUUAGAUGUUUUUCCAUUUAUGGAUCAUUGGAAUGCUCAGAUUCAGAAAGUUUCUCUCAGGCAAAUAAUUUCUGAAGAAAUAGCCAUGCAGGAGAGAGAGGACCUGAAUCGUGUUCCUUCUACAGCCAGAAAAGACUGUGCUGCUAAACUAAAGGAGAAGCAACUUUUUGAGAUGUUUCCAACUAUUAAUCAAAAUUUCUUAAUGGAUGUCUUCAGGGACAACAACUACUCUUUAGAACAAACUGAACAGUUUCUGAACUGUGUUCUGGAGGCAGAUCCUGUACAAACAGUUAUAGCUCAAGAAACUGCUCAGCAAAAUGAAAUUGUUUCUUCCUACAAUACUGCAAAGAACCGUGAGAAGAAGGCAAAAAAAAGUAAGGAAGAGGAUGAUCCUUUAUGUGAAAUGUUUCAAGACUUUGAAUAUCCACAAUAUGAUGAUUUAAGAGCAGAAGCUUUUUGUCACCAGCAAAAGAGACAGGAAUGUUUGAGAAAGGCUGGAGAGGCCUAUCGCAUGGGUAUGAAGCCUGUGGCGGCAUUUUAUGCACAUCAGGGUCGCCUUCAUGAGCAGAAGAUGAAAGAAGCUAACCAUGCUGCUGCUGUGCAAAUCUUUGAGAGAGUAAAUACUUCCUUGCUGCCUAUGAAUGUGUUGGAUUUGCAUGGUCUCCAUGUGGAUGAGGCGGUCAAUCAAUUGUCCAGAGUACUCCAGGAGAAAAGGGAAGAGUACCAGCAGAGUGGUGGCAAACCAUAUCUCAGUGUUAUCACGGGAAGAGGAAGCCAUAGCCAGGGAGGAGUUGCUCGCAUCAGACCAGCAGCUAUCCGAUACCUCACAAGCCACAACUUCAGGUUCACAGAAAUAAAACCAGGCUGCCUGAAAGUCAUGCUGAAUUGAGGAGUUGUGGAAAGAGGAAUAUAGAAACUGAGGUGUCAGAUG